AUGACGGCGCGCAGCCGCUCUGUGGGGAUCAUCGGAGCACCUUUCUCCAAGGGACAGUCCAGGGGUGGAGUGGAGAGGGGCCCGGACCUGAUCAGGGCCGCAGGACUGGUGCAACGCCUGCAGGAACAAGGUGUGUGUGACGCCGUGUGUUCAGGUUGUGCAGUGAAGGAUUAUGGGAACCUGAGUUUAGAGGACGCGGCGGCCGAGGAGCCGCUGGGCGAGCUGAAGAGCGUGCGGGCGGUGGGCAGCGCCAACCGCAGGCUGUCCGACGCCGUGCAGGCGGCGAAGAAGGACGGACACACGAGUGUGAUGCUCGGAGGAGACCACAGUCUUGCCAUCGGCUCCAUCCACGGGCACACCACCGCCGUGGGCCCGCUCAGCGUGGUGUGGGUGGACGCCCAUGCUGACAUCAACACGCCGCUCACCACCUACACGGGGAAUUUCCACGGACAGCCGAUGUCCUUCCUGCUCCAUGAGCUGCGAAGCUACAUCCCUCCUUUACCAAACUUCUCCUGGGUGAAACCGUGCGUGUCGGCGCGAGACCUGGUCUACAUUGGCCUGAGAGACGUGGACCCGGCCGAGCACCACAUCCUGAAGCUGCUGGGUGUGAAGGCGUUCUCCAUGUCCGAGGUGGACCAGCUGGGUGUGGCCCGCGUCAUGGAGGAGACGUGCGACUACCUCUGUACCAGAGUGAAAAAACCCAUUCACCUCAGCUACGACAUCGACGCCAUCGAUCCCUCUGUUACCCCGGCAACCGGCACGCCCGUCACCGGAGGACUCACCUACCGAGAGGGAGUCUACAUCAGCGAAUACCUCUGUCAGACCGGUCUGCUGUCGGGGGUGGACCUGGUGGAGGUGAACCCUCUCCGAGGUCAGACCGAGGAGGCGGUGCAGUCCACCGUAAACACAGCCGUCAGCGUGCUGGUCAGCUGCCUCGGACGCGUCCGCGAGGGAAACCCGGUGCCGGCAGAUUACCGCCUGCCCGAGCCUUAA